GCUGGUCGUGGUCGACUAUACUGGGCUUGCGCUGAUGUCGCGCAAGCCCUUUCUGAAUUUUAUGUCGUCCCUUCCCAUGACCAUGUUUGUCGUCGUAUACCGAGCUUUUGCAGACCCACCAUCCUAUUCCCUUGUCAAAUGAUGAGCUCUGCCAACUAUUAAACCACGAUUUCACCAUCAUUCCUCAUGUAAAACAGGCCGCAGCCCAAUUACUUGCUGGAUCGAUCAUCAGAAAUAACCUCAACGGGCAUGCUGUCAAGCUUAAUACUGUGGAAAUUUAUGGCCAAAAAAAAAAAGCGUCGAUACACAUCGAGAACCACUCGGUAUGAAGAACUAAACGCCAUUCCAACAUCGUUUCCUCCGCCUGUCGCAACUAGGCAUGAAAACUGUCAAACCAAGUGUCGGUGCGAUAACUACGAAUUUCAAAUCAUCAACGCUGGAAGAUUCCCUUGCCACGUGCGUCUACGUGGAACAAGAAUGUGUCAACAAGGCGCUAGCAUUGGCAUAGGGACGACGGAUAUGAUCAAACGCCAUGGCGGAACCUCGGUGUCGCUUCAAACCGGAUCAUCCAAGCUCGUCAACUUCAAUCGAAGUAUCAUCUGCCCUCCACCUAUGAUACUUUCUUUGCCGUUCCUCUGGCCCAUUCACCCCAGCCCACAAAUGGCACCCUUACACGGUUUUCACCUUGCGGACGUUGACCAGGGAAGGACUCCUCAAGGGAAAACAUUCAUCGUCAUUGCUGAAAGUGUAUUGAAAAUGGUGAUAAAGCUACACUGGACAAGUCUCUGAUACACAAAGUAUACCAGAGCUCAACUGGUAACACGAAAACGGUCUUAGCCGACAUACUGGAUCUUUGUCCUUCCUUCUAUCACUCGAGUGGCCAUUAUGGGUAACGAAGCUCUGAACAAAUCGUAGGAAGAAUUGGC